GUUUGUAUAGGGGUAUACUUAUAUAGGUCAAAAUUAAUCCAGCACUACAAUCUCCUCAGUUUUGACAAGUGAUGUUCAUGAUGAAGGUAAUACAAAGUAGCGUCGUAUUCCUAGCUGCCUUUGCUUUAGCUGCCUCUACUGAUCCUUGCGCUCAUAAUCUUGUCACUGGUCCAUAUGGUGUUCCGGAUGACCACAUCACCGCUUCAAGCAGUCUGAACGGAAAUAUCUACGCCGGUCCAGAAAGAGGUCGUCUGAACACAAACGCAAGUCAGUUAGCUAAUGGAACUUACCUUCAGGGAUCAUGGGCACCAACACAAAAUUCAAAGAAGGAAUAUAUCCAGGUGGAAUUGAAAGAUGCGAGUCUGAUCCGAGGGGUCAUGACCCAAGGACGGAAUAUCCUCCCUACCGAGAACAGUAUAGAAUAUGUCAAUCUUUAUCAUGUGGCUACCAGCAUGGACGGUGUCAAUUUCACAAGGGUCACAGACAAUAACGGAAAAGACAAGAUCUUUCGUGGUAACAUGGAUUCCGACACUAUUGAGUCGAGCACCUUCCCUUGCCCUGUAUUCGCAAAGUAUGUCCGUAUAAUUCCGGAAGCCUGGUCCCAGAACAUCUCCAUGCGGUUCGAUCUGUUAGGAUGUCAGAUUGAUCAAAGUCAAAAAGCGCCAGUGACAACUGUCCCGCCACCCACGUCGGCUCUGCCACAAACAACAGCUCAAACUCAACAACAAACAACAACUCAAAGUCAACAACAAACAACAGCUCAAAGUCAGCAACAAACAACAGCUCAAAGCCAACAAACAACAACUCAAAGUCAACAGACCACGGCCAAGGCAGCCAUGACAACAGCCGCUCUCGUGAAAACAACAGCAAACGCCGCUCAAGUCACCACAAAUGCAGGCACAACAUCUGCAGCCCCCGCAGUGGCCACUCUGGCAGUAAAUGUUCCGGCUGUCCCGUGCGUCAAGGACUGCAAGGGGAAACCAAACGGAGACUACCAAGGAUGUAGCACGACCAAGAAAUCCUGUGAAAUGCCUACCUUUGUCACGUGUUCAAACGGUAUACUCUACACCAUGCCUUGUCCAGGAGGUCUCGUCUGGAACGACGCCAAGUCGUAUUGUGAUUGGCCAAACCCAAGUUGCUAAAAGCGCCGUAAAACUGGAGUUAUCGCCCUUUAUUUAUGACAAUGCUGCAGAGGUACUUCGUUACUGAAGACGAUUCAUCGGCGUAAAUAGUAUCAACAUUGUAAACAUCAGGGACUUUUAACUGUCAAAGAUAUGAUACAGCAGUAUUAAUUAUAAUUUAGCUUAUAUAAUUUAUUUAUAUUUAAUUAUCAUUUUCUUCCUUAUCCCGAUCAUUAAUGAGAUUUGUAAAAUAUUGUUAAUGCAGUAUGAGACACUCUGAUGGUUUCUUUGAUUAAAUUUUAUACUUUUGAAGACAAAAUAAACAGUGUAAAGAUCUAAACAAUGUCGUUGAUGCUGCCCUAUCUUUCUGUACCAUGCUCUAUGAUGAAGCUUAAUGACGAUAAUGUUGAAUAGACUUGCUCAAGUUUCUGUGUGAAGUGAUUAAGUCCAGAUAUCACAUGUCAUUCUUCAUUUGGAUUAGAUAUGAUUAUAACGAUUGAA